CACAAACAAUUCGCAGUACAAGUGGAAUAUACUUCGGUUCAAGUUAGCUUACUUAAUUACUUUACUAAUACUUCGGUUCAAGUUAGCUUACUUUUAUUUUGUUAUAAGUUAUUUGGACGUAUAAAAAAAGUUUUUUCCAAAAUGCCUAAAUAUUACUGCGACUACUGCGAUACAUAUCUAACGCAUGACUCUCCGAGUGUUAGAAAAACCCAUUGCUCCGGCAGAAAGCAUAAAGAUAAUGUGAAAUUUUAUUAUCAAAAAUGGAUGGAAGAACAAGCACAGCAUUUAAUUGAUGCUACUACAGCCGCGUAUAAAGCGGGCAAAAUAGCCCAAAAUCCAUUCGCUGCUAAACCAGGUGGUGUAGCCAUUCCACCACCUAAUAUGGGACCCCCAAGACCUGGAAUGAUCCCACCUGGUAUGCCCCCACAUGGCCCAGGACCCAUGCCACCUAUGAUGAUGGGUAUGCCACCGAUGAUGGGAAUGAGGCCACCUAUGGGUAUGCCCCCAAUUGGACCACCGAUGAUAGGACCCAUGGGACCUAUUCCGAUGCGUCAGCCUAUGAUGAACGGAUCUCAGACUAAAAGCUAAGAGUCAAAAUGGAACUAGUGUUAUCAAAUAGGAUUUAAGGAAAAGACGAUUUAAUAUAAUUUAA